AUGAACAACAUCACCGUGAACUUCACCGGAGGAAACUCCACGGUGUACGAGACUUUCUGGCAGUGUUUCCGCGGACAUCUGGAAAACAGCGUUGACUACGACUUGGCCGUAGAUACGUGCUCUCAUCUGCCCGCUCCGCUUCUGGAAGAGAACCGGAAAGUCGGGAUCGUCGCCGCCGCUGUCGGGACAGUCGCUCUGCUCAUGAACGGCGCGGUCCUGGCCGGGGUGCUGAAAAACCGUCACCUGUCCAAACCCAUGUACCUGUUCGUGGCAAACUUGGCUGCGACCGACUGCGUGGCAGGUUUCUUCUCGUUCUUCUUCUGUGCCAUGUUCCAGUGGGAAGUGCCUCGACCAUGGACAUCAUUGCGAAUAUCCUGUUCCUUCGUGUUAGUGUUGGUCUUAUCAGCAGUUGGCGUUGUCCUCCUAUCCGUGGACCGUUAUCUGUCCAUCCUCCACGCGAUAUUCUACCAGACCCGCAUGUCUGGGCGGCACGUUGCGGUCAGCUUGGGGAUCGCGUGGACAGUUUGCGUGCUUGUCUACCUGUCUCCCCUCAUGGGCUGGAACUGCAUCGAUGUUGAUGUGAACACAAAGAACUGCAUAGGGCAGCUACCAAUGGGCUACCUGAUCCUGACCAACAUCAUCUUGUUCAUGGCCGUAGUGAUAGUGGUCUUCGUCAACGUCCGAAUCUUCAUCGAACUGAAGCGGCGCAUCUCCAGAACCCGACCCAUAGCCACCGAGAGCCCUCAAGACAACCUGCCCGCCGCGCAACGCAGGGAACAACGACUCGCCGCAAGGAAAUUUCAGCAGCUCCUGCGAAACCAGAAGAAACAGGUGACAGUUGUCAUCAUUGCAGCGGUGUUCGUCAUCAGCUGGCUGCCGCUCUGCAUCGACAUGGUGCGGGACUUUUUGUGCUUUGCCAGGGAAGACUGUGAGAAACAGGCAAAGCCGUUCUGGGGCAUGUUGAUCGCACUCUGCAAUUCGGUGAUCAACCCGGUCAUCUACGCGCUGAGGAUCAAGAAGAUUCGGGAAGCUGUGCUUCGCAGGGCGCGACGACUCACCAACGCGGUGCGUGAAAAGUUGGGCUGGUCAUCGGACCAAGUGGUGAACAUUCGGGUUGUCGGAGGGGCGCAAGCGAUGGGAGCUGGCGCCGCUGGACCGAGUGCGGACAAUCGGACUGACCAGCCGGCUACACGGGUAGUCUAUCGAGGAGCGACAGAGAAUCCGAGAAACGCACAGAGCGGUCCAGAUGUGCUGUUCGUAGCCUCGCCAAAGUCAGAGCAGACGCCAGCUGUUGAAGCCUUAGGCAGCGUGGAAGACAUCGAGUGA